AUGGACACCGGCUCGUACGAAAGCUCGACAGACCGAAUAAUACCUUUGCGCUUCAGAAAAUGUGGCUCAACCCCAGUUUUAACAAUCUUCAUCGUUUACGCGCCCAGAUCGAGCUACGAUGAGGAAGAGCUGGAGGCGUUGUAUAUGGAUCUGGAGAAGCUCUACAACGAAGACCAUACUUUCUCCAAGGUCAUCGUCGCUGGUUUCAACGCCAAGAUUAGUCCCAGUGGAGCUGCUGGAGAGCUCCACAUCGAGAAUCACGGAAUGGAAUGGAACGAGCAGAGUAAGAGGCUGUCCGAGUUUAUCAUGUCGACCAGCUAA